AUGACAGACGAUACUCUUGAUAUACUAGGUCAAACUCCAGGCCUCUACAAAUUGUACACACAAAUAUGUUCUAUUUACCGCAUCUCCGAGGAAUCUUCUCAUGACGGCAUCAUCGAUACUCUAACAAACGGACUUGACCGAUUGGCAAAAAGUUUCCCAUGGCUUACUGGCCAUGUUGUCAAUGAGGGCGCAGGGGAUGGCAAUACAGGCGUCUUCAAAAUAACUCCCCUCGACAAAAUCCAGCUCGUGGUGAAAGAUCUACGACAUGACCCCUCCGCACCGACAAUGGACGGGCUUCGCCAGGCCAAGUACCCUUUUACCAUGCUCGACGAGAACACCAUUGCUCCUUGCACGACUCUAAACCUACCGGGUAAUUUGCCAAGUAUCACGACCGAGUCAGCAUUGGUUUUCUGUGUCCAGGCAAAUUUCAUCGAGGGCGGGUUGAUGCUCACGCUGGUCGCUCAGCAUAAUGUCAUGGACAUGACUGGCCAAGACUUUAUCAUCGGCUUAUUGUGUAAGGCUUGCCACAAUGAGCCUUUCACAAGCGAGGAACUUGCAAUCGGCAACAUGGAUCGGGGUCAUCUCAUUCCAUUACUGGAUGAUUCGUACACCCCGGGCCCUGAGCUCGCUCGCCAGAUUGUGAAACCCCCGCCAAGCGUCAAAGAUGUUGUCUCGGAUCCUGUUACACCCCCAAAAUCUACCUGGGCUUACAUUGAACUCUCUGCGGCACAGCUUGACUCCCUCAAAGCUCUCGCCACGAAUACACUGCCCGCCUCCACAGAUUUCAUCUCUACGGACGAUGCUGUCAGCGCUUUUAUCUGGAAAUCCAUCGCCCGCGCCCGGGCUUCUCGUCUGGAAGCAACUUCUGAGUCGAUGCUUACGCGCGCGGUCGACAUGAGACAGCGUUUUGGUAUUCCCCAGGGAUAUCCAGGUCUCAUGCAGACUUUGACAUACAAUACCAACACUAUCCAGAAAUUGUCCGGAGAGCCUGUAGGCAUCGUUGCCGCCGAGCUUCGGUCCCAGCUCGAUCCCAAGAAGAAUGAUCUUGUAUUCAAUACCCGUGCCCUCGCUACAGUUCUCAGCCGCUCGGCUGACAAGACCAAGGCGUCUUUCACUGCCACGGUCAAUGUUUCAUCGGAUUUUAUGCUUAGUUCGUGGUCGAGGAUUAGCUGUUAUGAUCUCGAUUUCAAUCUAGGAUUGGGCAAGCCCGAAGCCGUGCGGAGACCACACUUUACCCCCGUUGAGAGCUUGGGGUACUUGAUGCCUCGAUCGGCUGCUGGUGAGAUGCCUAUUGGUAUCUGCCUGAGAGAUGAAGACUGGGAGCGGUUAAAGGUAGAUGGGGAGUUUACGAAGUAUGCUAAGUAUAUUGGGUAA